UUUCCGAUGCUUUUUAUACAAUGUAUUAUAUACUGCAAGUAAAAGGAUGGUCGAUUUUAUAUUACCACUGAAUUGGGUACUCGAACGGUACACCACACAGACUAGAUCACGUUAAACCAGACACAUGAUCCACGACCGGAAUAAGGAAUAUAUGGUAUUUUACUCUACAUAAUUGCCAGCAGUCGUACAGUUACCAUUCCGUUUACUACUUCGACAACAUAAUGUCGAUUUAGUUCAUACACCUAUGAUCUUGGCUAAUUCAUUUAUUCGAUCAGAGAAAGCAAGAAAUAUUGAGUUUACUACUUGUCCAGAUGAUCGACCGUUGAUUGUACAACUUGCAUCAAAUGAUCCAUGUGAAUUUACUAUAGCAACGGAAAUGCUUGCACCAUAUUGUGAUGGAAUCGAUUUAAAUUGUGGUUGCCCACAAUCUUGGGCAAUGAGUAGUGGAUUAGGAGCAGCAUUGCUAAAAGAACCUGAAAAAAUUGCCAGCAUUGUACAUGCUGCUCGAAAUGUAAUCCCUCGAUGGCGUAAUUCUAACAUGGAAAGCUGUAAACUAUCAGACGAUGCAGAGAUUUUCAAUAAACACGAUCAAAUUGAAAACAAAUUCAAGUCUAUCACACGAUCUGAAGGUCCAUUUUCAAUUUCUGCUAAAAUUCGUAUACCAACAACAAGUAGUAGAUCUGUUGGAGAAGGAAAUUCAACUGAUCCUAUUAAGGUUACCGUUGAACUUGUUCGACGUUUAGCUGCCAUUGGUGUUGACUGGGUUACACUACAUGCAAGAACACCUCAACAACGUAGCAGGGAUUGUGCUUCCUGGAAUGUAGUUCAAGAAUUGGUCGCAUGUAAAAUCAAACAUUCUUACCUGGGUACUGAUAUCCCAAUAAUAUUGAAUGGUGAUGUUCGUGAGCUAAACGAUGCUUAUCGUGCUCAUGAAACGACCGGUUGUCAUGGUGUCAUGGUUGGUAGAGCCUUGUUAAAAUUUCCACAUCUAUUCACUCGGAAUUUUAUAGAAGAUGAGAACUCGCUUCGCUGUUUAUUUGAAAAUUGGUUAUUUUUAUCUGCACAGUACACCGGAGGCACGAAUUUUGUAACUGUUCACCAACAAGCAUACUGGAUGAUGGAGCCCUUUCUGGACAAAACAAACAGGAUCAUUUUACAUAGUAUUGGAAGUUUUCCAGGGUUAGUCGACUGGUUUAUUGAACGUUGGAACACACAAAACUGCUGAUAUGUAUAUUUCCCUUGCACAGUAAAGUACUUUCAAUCUCAAAUAUCAUACUUUUUCCACAAUCACUCUAAAUAAAG